AUGCAGAAUAAAAGGAAACGCCAGGUCCUGUCUAAAAUAUAUCGUCUCAGUAGUAGCUUCAAUUUCAAACGGCCUAAAUCAGUUUGGACCCAAGAACGAAUCGGGUUCUGGACAGGCGACGGUGAAGACGAUCCAGCACACUGGUCUAUUCUAUACGGGCUACCUGAAGCUAUUUGCCAGGGGUACGGAACAGUUAGGAUGGAUGAGGCUGGCGCUGUCAAAGACCGUCAGCGCCAAAAUGUUGUUUCAGUACAUGAUGAUAGCGGGCAGCAAAAUGAAAAGAAAAUCAAAUGUGCCAAACUGGGCAUUAGCCCUAUCUAUCUCGCCGCAAGGGAAGUAUGCCCUUCGAUGGAGGAUGAGCUCAAGAACCAGGCAUUAUCGUCUCAAACAUACUUAUGUAGUAUACCCGCUUUGAGAGCUAUAUGGUAUUUUAAUAAAGUCACUCGUAGGAGUGGUAAGGGCAGCCUUAAAAUAGGUGCUAGAAUACAGGCGAACAACAUUUUCAUCAGGUUUAGCGCAGCAGCUACGGCACUAAGGCGCUUAGCAAAUAGUAGCCAGAGCAACCUAAACAAGCAGUGCUGUAAGGGUGCGAAACCACCAAGUAUGUCAUCCCAACAUGCAACAAGUGAAUUUUCAGUUUCUCCGCAGAUAGCCGUCCAGAAGCAACAUAUUAUAGACCACCGUAAACCAGACCUAAUAAGAAUAGGUGAUAAGAAUAAGCACAUUUGCGUAUUUGAAAUACAGAUGGCCCACGCAGCAGACAUAGAUAAGCAGCAUCCAAUUAAAUCUAACAAGUACACGAUCAACUUGAGGACGAAGGAUGACGAAGCAAUGGGAGUAAACUAG